GUUUGAUUUCACUCAAUUGUAAUUUGAUUCCAAUUAGCCAGAGUUAUUAAAAUGCAAUGGAAAAUAAUUUAUGUCACAGUGGGCACUACUAGAUUCGAUGAACUUAUAAAGGCAGUGACAUCUGCUCAAGUUUUGAACGUUCUACAGAAACGAGGAUGUCAAAACUUGGUCAUCCAAUACGGUCACGGUAGCCCAGUAAAGAAUUCCAGAAAUAUUCUUCAUGAUUAUGGUAUUACCAUAGAACAAUAUGAUUUCAAGCUGGAAGUGCCCAGGACUGAUAUUUUGAAUGCAGACCUCAUAAUUGGUCACGCUGGAGCAGGAACUUGCAUGGAUAUACUAAAUCACGGUCGGGCGGGGAUUAUUGUUAUUAACGAUAAGUUAAUGGACAACCACCAAAGUGAACUCGCGCAACAAUUGAGUGAUGAGGGAUACCUAUAUUAUUCCAACAUAGAAGGACUUGCUAAAGCAAUGGAAUUAGCUAAUUUAGAAGAACUAAAACCAUACGAAAAGAGCAAUAAUAUGAAAAGCUUUGUAAGAUAUUUGAACGAGAUGCUGGCAACAUAGUCGUAAAAUCUUAGGCAAAAUAUGGUACAAGAGUAAAUUUGUUUAAUUAUAUAUAGAUUUUAUUAUGUUUUGAAUGUGAAACGCAGAACAUAUUUGUUUAUACAUGUAUGCAUGAUUUUUAAACGUUAUAGUAAAAUUACAAAAUGAUAAAGAGCA